AUGUCCAAGCAGCACCCAGAGGACUUCCUCAACUACCUCCAGCAGGCAUGGAAGCGUGACAAGAUUUACAUCAAGGAGAAUCCAGAGUCCAUGUUUGAUAUAAAGGCCAUCAGAGUCCUGUGUCAAGAUGGAAAAUUCAGACCUCUCGGCAACUCGUAUAUCCCGCUGCCCAAGCUGCAUUACCUCCGGAAUCGAUAUAUGCUCGAAGGUGAACCAUUUCCUUUCCUCAGACUUGAUCCCCCCAUCCGCUCCGAAGGUGGAUUCGGUCAGUGGAGAUGUCUCAGAGCCUUUGCCAAGUACCAUGACGACCUGGAUUUCUUUCUCGAGAUGUUGAUACGAGUGCGAAGAUCAAAAGCAACAACCGUCGAGUUCCCUCGUCGAAUAUUGGAGCUAUACCUCAGGAUACAAGCAGAGUGUGAAGACUCCAAAGAUCCAGAAGCCAGCGCCCACAAAGUCAGAUAUGCCUUCGAGAAGGAACAGCUAGUCUACAUCCAUCCAAUAUGGAGGCCCCUCAGUGAAUGCUUAUUAGACGACUCAUGCGAGAUAUCCAGCACCUUGUCCAAAUCACCCGUGUUUCCGGUACCAGAAGAUUGGGACGCCAGCAAGUCAGAGCUUGCGUCUCUCAGAGAAUUCUACACCCAAACGCUGAAGCUUGAAAAUGCCAGCUACCGGACCAUCUUGGGCGUGUUGGAAAAGCGCGACUUUGAUGCAGUACUCGACCCAGCGGAUCUCUGGUUGACGGAUGAGCUGUAUCGCGCCUUGGACAAGAUGAGAAUGGAUCUUUCACCCAAUGAUGCUGCCGAUCUAAAAUUGGCAUUUAUCGAAAAGCCCAUCAUCGCCGUGGCGCCUGGUGAAACAGUGACAUGGCUCAACGCAACCGAGGUCUCGUGGUGCCCCAAGCUCGAGAGCCCCGAAGUCAACGAUCUCAGCAAGCACUACCCUGAGCUCCACGAGUUCUUUAUCGAUUUCCUCGACAUCAAACAAAACGACGCGGGUCUCAUCUUCGACACACUAAUGCAGGUAUCCUCAUUAAGUCCAGAUUGCUCGCGCGACCACACGGCAAGGGGUCUACUGGUGGCCGUCAGUCAAAGGAUACCAGAAUACGGACAUGUUUUUGAUAAGGAGAGGUUUAUGCAGAGUAAUGUUUUUCCCGUGUCGACAUCGGAUGGAGUUUUGCUAUGUGCGCCUAGUAUGGAGUUUGUUAUUGCUGAUCGCCAAAAUUUGAAAGAGGCGUUUGAAGGAAGGCUUAAUUUGUUGGACUUUGAUCCAAAGACUGUUUGGAUGUUGGAUAAUCUGUUGGUUUGGGCUGGUCUUGAUCAGCGGUACUUGUCGCGUCACGUUGUGGAUCAAGGGCCAGAGGAUGAAAACUUCAAGUCCAUCGAGCUACCCGAUGAGCUCUCGGCUAAGGCUGAUCACAUUUUACGCAUUGCUGUUCAUUUCAAGAGUCCUAGAACGACUACACCAAAAGGAACAUCAUGGCUUCGCGAAACCCUCGAUCACUGCGAAGUCCGACUCGCAUCCGGUUUCCGGUCACAACUCGUAUACCGCUCCGGCAGUGCUGAAAUCAUUGCUGUGAAUCCCAUGGGCGGUCUCGACAUCAAGGAUACAGUCGGACUUACUGUCUACGCGGACGAUGAGAAUUGGGAGAUUUUCAAACAGACAUUGCUCCCACGUCGACUGCUUGAAUGGAUAAUGACGGAUCCCGAGACAAACGUCGUGCAAGAUAUUCCUGAACAAGCCGUGAGCUUGAUGAGAAGCGUCGUCAACGUUUCAAAUGCUCGUGAGCAUGUGAUAUCGAGAAUUCUCGAUGCUGAGGGCAUAGUGGAUUUGGAGCUACUGCAGGCCUCGCCGUAUUGGCGAGUUAAUAGGUGA